AUGGCGCAAGGCGCUACGAACGCUGGCAACAGUGCCUUCCGGGACAAGGAAAAGCCUACAGCAGUACGGACAGGCAACAUUACAGCUGCACGAGCCGUCGCAGAUGCCAUUCGAACGAGUCUGGGUCCUCGAGGCAUGGACAAGAUGAUCCAGACCGGCAAAGGCGAGACGAUCAUCACCAAUGACGGCAACACUAUGCUCAAGGACAUGAGCGUUAUGCAUCCAGCAGCCAAGAUGUUGGUAGACUUGGCCAACGCACAAGAUAUAGAAGCUGGAGAUGGCACGACAUCUGUGGUUGUGAUUGCAGGCAGUCUUCUGGGAGCAGCAGAGCGAUUAUUGGCCAAAGGCAUCCACCCGACAGUGAUUGCGGAGUCCUUCCAGCGAGCAGCUGCCAAAGCUGUCACUGUCCUUGAAGAGAUCAGCUACCCGAUCAACCUCGCCGACCGCCAAACCCUUCUGAAAGCCUCGUCGACCUCGCUCUCCUCCAAGAUUGUCAGCCAGGAACCGAAACUCGCACCCAUGGCUGUAGACGCCGUCCUCAAAACCAUCAACCCCAACAACGCCCAAAACGUCGAUCUUCGCAACGUCCGCAUUCUGAAGAAGCCAGGAGGAGUCAUCGACGACAGCGAAAUGAUUGACGGUCUCGUGCUCUCCCAACAAGCAGUCAAGAGCGCUGGCGGACCAACAAGAAUAGAAAAGGCCAAGAUCGGCUUGAUACAAUUCCAGCUCUCGCCUCCCAAACCAGAUAUGGAGAACCAGAUCGUGGUCAAUGACUACCGACAGAUGGACAAGAUCCUAAAGGAAGAACGUACUUACCUCCUCAACAUGGCCAAGAAAAUCAAGAAGGCCAAGUGCAACGUCCUGCUCAUUCAGAAAAGUAUCCUUCGUGAUGCUGUGAAUGAUCUGUCCCUGCAUUUCCUAUACAAACUGGGUAUCCUGGUGAUCAAAGACGUCGAGAGGGAUGAGGUCGAAUUCAUUUGCAAAUCUACCGGCUGCAAACCCAUCGCCGACAUCGACUCCUUCACCGAGGACAAACUCGGUUCCGCAGAUCUGGUCGAGGAGGUGUCUUCGCUCGGCGCACGAUUCACGAAAAUCACCGGCGUGAAACACGCCAAGGAGAACGCUCCCCGAACCGUCUCUAUCGUCGCACGAGGAGCCAACUCCUUGAUUCUAGAUGAGGCGGAGAGAAGUCUCCACGAUGCUAUGUGCGUCAUCCGCUGCCUAGUCAAGAAACGUGCCCUCCUACCCGGCGGCGGCGCUCCCGAGAUGGCCGUCUCCACCGCCCUCUCCCAAGCAGCGACAACCGCACAAUAUCCCGACUCGAUCUGCUGGAAAGCUUUUGCCGAUGCUCUCGAGAUCGUCCCCGUCACGCUUGCUGAGAAUGCUGGGCUGAAUAGCAUCAAAGUUGUCACUGAGCUGCGGGCUCGACAUGCUAAGGGCGAGAGGAACGUGGGUGUCAGUAUUAAGAGAGGUGGAGUGGGUGUUAUGGGUGGAGAGGAGAAGAGUGCUAGUGGAAGUGGUGAGGGGGUUAUGCAGCCGUUGCUUGUGUCGACCAGCGCGAUUGAGUUGGCGAGCGAGACGGUGAAGAUGAUUUUGAGGAUUGAUGAUAUUGCUUUGAGCCGGUAG